UCGAUAUAAUUUUGGGGGAGGCCCGGGCGGAGCACCAGAUCCCACGCUUGGGUUUCCAUUUAUUAUUCCUUUUUAUUUUUUAUUUUUUUUAAAAAAAGAAGAAAAAAAAAAGAAGAGAAGAAGGAGAAGAAGACUUGCGAUUAGGGUUUGAGAUCUGAUGAUCGAUGUCGAAGAUGAAGCACCUUCUGAGAAAGCUUCACAUCGGCGGCGGAGGCGAUCACCACCACCGGCUCGUUGAUCCGGCGGCGAGUAGUCAGCAGGCGGUUUCAUCAUCAUCUUCUUCUUCUUCUUUGGCAUCGACUUCCUCGUCGACUGCGGUUGUUCCAACGCCGGUGUCGUCAACGGUGGCUGGGAGUGGGGUUUCGGGUGCGGGUGGGGUGGGGGUGGGGGGUGGUGGGGAUUUUAGUUUCUUUGAGGAGGAGUAUCAGGUUCAGCUGGCACUGGCGAUCAGUGCAUCGGAUCCUGAUGGGCUUGAGGAUGUGGAUGCUGUGCAGAUGAAGGCCGCGAAGCGGAUGAGCCUUGGUUGCACUGAUGUAGCGCCGACGCGAGUGGAUGAGCGCCAUAUGGAGUUCCUCUCGCUUCGCUAUCGGAAUUACAAUGUUGUAAAUUACGAUGAUAAGCUAACAGAUGGAUUUUAUGAUGUGUAUGGUGUUGUACCAAAUCACUAUUUACAAGAGGAUGCACUCAUGUUGUCACUGGUUGAUCUUCAAGCAGCAUCUGUCUCAGAUGAUAUUGAUUAUGAAGUGGUUGUGGUAAAUCGGAAAAUAGAUCCAGCACUUCAAAACCUUGAGAGAAGAGCAAUAGCUAUUGCUUCAGAAUGCAGAACACUAGAACUCGGCCCAAUUGCAAGUGGUUUGAUCCAGAAGAUAGCUGAUCUUGUAGUUGACAGCAUGGGUGGUCCUGUUGCUGAUGCUGACGAUAUGCUAAGAAGGUGGACAAUCAGAAGUUAUGAAUUGCGGACUUCUUUGAAUACUAUUGUUCUUCCUCUUGGUUUACUUGAAGUCGGAUUGUCACGGCACAGGGCCCUGCUCUUCAAGGUACUAGCUGAUCGUAUAAAUCUGCCUUGUAGGCUAGUAAAAGGAAGUUAUUACGCUGGCACAGAUGAAGGUGCUGUAAACUUGAUAAAGGUUGACUAUGACAGUGAGUUCAUUAUUGAUCUUAUGGGAGCUCCUGGCACAUUAAUUCCUGCUGAGAUCCCCAGUAGCCAUCUUGAUGAUUCUGUGCCUAGUUUACUGAGCUCUAAUAUCUCUGAACAAACUGCCAAAGAUUUAUGUCUGGCCCUUGAUAAAGCCAGCUCUCAGUUUGGGAAACAAAAUGAAUUAGUAGAAGGAAGCACAUCUAAUGCUUUGUCUAAUGUUACUCUUCCGAGAAUCACUGAUUCACAAUCAAAUGAUACUUUGACUAGAAUUAUUGGUUCCCAAUCAGAAAAAAUAUCAAGAGCGGGCCUGUUAUUGGAAACUGGUGAUGGUGGCAUCUCUGACAUGGUUCAGACUGAGAAAUUUGAAACUGAGUUUACAAGCCUUCUUCCUUCAUUGGGUGGAAUGCAAUUAGAUACAUUUGGAGCCAAAGAAACUAUGUCAUCUGCUCAGCAGAUGCAAGUUGAUGAUGUUUCAAAAUAUGUAGUUAGUGCUGCAAAAGACCCUGAGUUUGCACAGAAGCUGCAUGCUGUUCUAUCUGAAAAUGCUGCAUUGCCGCCUGAUCCUUUUGCAGGUUUAAACCCUAGGCAAGAACCAAUUGAGCAGAAGAAUCUCGGGAAAAGCAUUUUCUGCAAACAAAGCCAUGCGGAUAAGGAAGAGCAGCUUCCUGUGUGCAGUUUCUUAUUGCACCCGCAGCCAUCUCUGUUACCAAUUACAGGAGCAGAAACCUCCAGCUGUGUCUAUGGUGGGAACAAACAACAAAACUGGGAUGUGGAAAUGAACCAUUUGCAAAUAGCAACUGUUGAUCAUGUUUCAAAUUUGACCGCUGGAGGCAUUCAUUCAACUCUUGCAACAAGUGAUGCUAUUUUAUCAAUUGAUACUGGAAGUAAAGGAAUGUCACUAUGUAAAUUAAGGGCUAAACAAACUAGUCCUUUUCUUGAAACUCAAGGGCUAUCAAGUGAUUCAGGCAGGAAAGGUGCUUGUGAAUCCUCUUUGCUUGUAAGGGCUAAUAUCUGCCAAGAACAAGUUCCAAGUGCUCCCAAAGUGGUUGCAGAAUGGUCUCAGGAAAAUGCAGUUAGAGGAAACAUUCUUGUGCAAGAUUGUCAAGAGAGUGCUAAGGAUUCUAUGGGACUGUUUGUUGGGAUGGGCAAUAAUGAACUAAACGUGUUGAGUCCUGUUGACAAUGAAAAAAUGAACCCUAUGCUGGGUAGUGUCGCUGAAUAUGAGAUUCCUUGGGAGGACCUUCAGAUCGGGGAACGAAUUGGUCUUGGAUCAUGUGGGGAGGUUUAUCGUGCAGAAUGGAAUGGCACUGAAGUUGCUGUGAAGAAAUUCUUAAACCAGGAUUUGUCAGGUGAUGCGGUGGAGCAGUUUAAAUGUGAAGUUAGGAUCAUGUUAAGGCUGAGGCAUCCAAAUGUUGUUCUCUUUAUGGGAGCUGUUACUCGCCCGCCAAAUCUUUCAAUAUUAACUGAAUUUCUACCUAGGGGGAGUCUAUACAGGUUACUUCAUCGGCCCAAUGUUCAGCUUGAUGAAAAACGGCGACUUAGGAUGGCAUUGGAUGUGGCAAAGGGGAUGAAUUACUUGCAUACUAGUCAUCCUACUAUUGUGCAUCGAGAUCUGAAGACCCCAAACCUCCUUGUUGAUAAAAACUGGGUGGUCAAGGUAUGUGACUUCGGCUUGUCAAGGUUGAAGCACCACACUUUCCUGUCAUCAAAGUCAACAGCUGGAACGCCAGAAUGGAUGGCACCAGAGGUAUUAAGAAAUGAACCUUCCAAUGAGAAAUGUGAUGUUUACAGUUUCGGUGUCAUCUUAUGGGAACUAGCUACAUUACGCAUGCCAUGGAGUGGUCUGAACCCAAUGCAAGUAGUCGGGGCAGUUGGGUUCCAAAACAGACGACUUGAGAUACCAGAAGAAGUUGAUCCAAUGGUUGCACAACUCAUCAGUGAUUGCUGGCAAAGUGAACCAAAUCAGCGUCCAUCCUUUGCACAGCUCAUGUCACCGCUAAAGCAGUUGCGGCGGUUGGUUGUUAGUUGAAAGCCUUCAGAGCGAAGGCA